GAAGAUAAAGAGAGAUAGAAGUGUAGAGAAAAAAUGGAGAAGUGGGUGGUGAUUGUGAUGGUGUUAGUGUCAUGGAAAAUAAGGGAAAGUUUUUGUGCUAAUUCUGAGGUAACAUACGAUGGAAGAUCUCUCAUCAUUGAUGGACAGAGGAAAAUUCUCUUCGCUGGUUCCAUUCAUUAUCCUCGCAGCACUCCUCAGAUGUGGCCAAAUUUGAUAGCGAAAGCAAAGGAAGGAGGAGUGGAUGUUAUUCAAACCUAUGUGUUUUGGAAUCUUCACGAGCCCCAACCAGGAAAGUAUGAUUUCAGUGGGAGAAAUGACCUUGUGGGAUUCAUAAAGGAAGUUAAAGCUCAAGGAAUGUAUGUUUGCCUGAGGAUUGGACCUUUCAUUGAGAGUGAAUGGACAUAUGGGGGUUUUCCUUUCUGGUUACAUGAUAUCCCUGGCAUUGUCUACCGAACGGAUAAUGAGCCAUUUAAGUUUUACAUGCAAAAUUUUACUACAAAAAUUGUGAACAUGAUGAAGGCAGAAGGUCUAUAUGCUUCCGAAGGAGGACCAAUUAUAUUGUCACAGAUUGAAAAUGAAUACCAAAACAUUGAAAGGGCAUUUGGCGAAGCAGGAUCGCCGUAUGUUCAAUGGGCUGCAAAAAUGGCUGUGGGACUUAACACUGGCGUUCCAUGGAUUAUGUGCAAACAAACUGAUGCUCCUGAUCCUGUGAUAAACACAUGCAACGGCAUGAAAUGUGGAGAAACUUUCACUGGACCAAAUUCCCCCAAUAAACCUGCUUUGUGGACUGAGAAUUGGACAUCUUUCUAUCAAGUAUAUGGUGGACAGCCAUACCUAAGGUCUGCUGAAGAUCUGGCAUUUCAUGUCACCCUUUUUAUUGCAAGAAAUGGAAGCUAUGUCAACUAUUAUAUGUACCAUGGAGGAACCAACUUUGGGAGAACAAGUUCUGCUUAUGUUAUAACAGCCUAUUAUGAUCAAGCUCCACUUGAUGAAUAUGGUUUACUCAGGCAACCCAAGUGGGGACAUCUCAAGCAGUUACAUACUGCAAUAAAGUCUUGCUCUACCACUUUACUACAAGGAGUGCAGAGGAACUUCUCUUUAGGUCAACUGCAGGAAGGAUAUGUCUUUGAAGAAGAAAAAGGAGAAUGUGUUGCAUUCCUUAUAAACAAUGAUAGAGAAAAGAAGGUCACUGUGCAAUUCCGUAAUAGAUCAUACGAAUUGCUCCCCAAGUCAAUUAGCAUCUUACCAGAUUGUCAAAAUGUGACAUUCAACACUGCAAAUGUAAAUACCACAAGCAACAAAAGGAUCAUAAGUCCUAAACAAAACUUCAGUUCAGUGGAUGUUUGGAAGCAAUUCCAAGAUGUCAUUCCAAGCUUUGAAGACAUCUCACUAAAAUCAAAUUCAUUUCUUGAGCAAAUGAAUACAACCAAAGACGAAACGGAUUACCUUUGGUAUAUUCAUAGGUUUGAAAACAAUUUAUCUUGCAGCAAACCAACACUCAAUGUUCAGUCCGCUGCUCAUGUUGCCCAUGCAUUUGUGAACAACACGUACAUAGGUGGGGCACAUGGAAAUCAUGAUGUUAAAAAUUUCACCUUAGAGCUCCCAGUUACAUUACAUGAAGGGACAAACAACCUUUCUAUACUUAGUGUUAUGGUUGGACUUCCGGAUUCAGGGGCAUUUCUUGAAAGAAGGUUUGCUGGUUUAAUAAGUGUGCAACUUCAUUGCAGCGAAAAAGAGUCUCUUAAUUUGACAAAUUCCUUGUGGGGUUAUAAGGUUGGAUUACUGGGGGAGCAAUUACAAGCAUAUAAAGGACAAAAUAGCAGUGGUAUUGAAUGGAGUCAACUGGGGAAUAUUGAGGAACAAACGCUCAUUUGGUACAAGACUGCAUUUGACACACCAGAGGGAGAUGACCCUGUUGUCUUGGAUCUUGGUUCAAUGGGAAAAGGUGAGGCUUGGGUGAAUGGACAAAGCAUUGGUCGUUAUUGGAUCUUGUUUCACGAUUCCAAAGGCAACCCUUCACAAUCACUGUAUCAUGUGCCUCGGUCUUUCCUCAAAGACUCUGGAAACGUUUUGGUUUUGGUGGAGGAAGGUGGUGGGAACCCUCUUGGCAUCUCCUUGGACACUGUUUCAGUCACAGAUUUAAACCAAAACUUUUCUAAAUUAUCAUUUCCCUCUUCUUCUUAGCUUAAUAUUUAAUAGAACGAACAAAGAAAAAAAUUUAAAGCAUGCAUACUGAAUCUGUUUCCUUUCUGGGCUUGGAGGUGUAACAUUUGUAACUUGGCUUGUACUCUCAUGACAAUAAUAUAUUACAUAUUCUUGAAACCUCUGCA